GUUGAGAAAGAAGAACGUACGGUCGUCGGUCGCAGGGGAUUCCAAUCGAACACCGGAAAGAAAAUGGCGAAGCCUUUAGGUACUACCGGCGAGUUUUUCCGGCGAAGAGACGAAUGGAGGAAGCACCCGAUGCUUUCGAAUCAAAUGAGGCACGCUCUUCCCGGGCUCGGCAUCGGCGUCGCUGCCUUCUGCGUGUACCUCGUGGGUGAGCAGAUCUACAGCAAAGCCGUGGCUCCUUCCAAAUCAUCGUCUCACCAUAAUCAAAAGCAGCCUGCUCCUUCUCACUGAAUAGCUUUGAUCAGUUGCUGGAAACAGUAGGCACAAGAUGAACGCAAAUGCUUCUUCUGGGCUUUUAUUAAUAAUAUGUUGGUUGUGUUGGACACAAGUUUUUCGAUUUCUCUGUUGAAUUUUAAAGCUUGUUGGGUUCAAAGUUAACUCUUUGUCUCCCGUAAGUUAUGUUUUUUUUCUUCUAAACGUUGAAGGUUGAUUUGUCUUGUUUGAUUGUCUUUUGUAAUCGUGACUUGUUGCUGAGUAGACACUCAGCUAAAACUGCGUCGUUUUUUGGA